GUUUGUGUUUGCCUAAACAAAUACGCACACACAUACACACCAACAUAAUCAAAUUGUAGAGGAAAAGAAAAAAAAAACCCACUUGUGUAUUUCCGAUAAUAUUGUAGCAUAGGUAAUAUAUUCCAGAACUCUCUGUAUUUUCGAGCCCCUUCAGAAUGUUCCGUCGCGCUUUGGGAACGACUGCCACGUGCAGCGCCACUAGUGCCGCCGCGUCGGUGUCGCGCCGCUCCUACACUGAGCUGUCGCACAUGAAGUACCCGGUGUACUACAACGCCGUCGGCUGCGUGGCUGGCUACUUCGCUGUGAUGUGGGUGGUCUUCUGCCACAUGGGCGCGCAGGAAUCCUCUCGUGGCCAGUACAAGCACGACUACCUGCGUGUGUGGCGCCGCAAGCUCGGCACGGGUUACCAGUGGGCCGAUGCCUGGGGUCCGCAGAUGGACACCCUCUUCAAGGACCUGCCCGAGGAGGUGGAAUAA